GUCAAAGUGAGAAAAAAACUCACAUGAAGAAAGCAAAGAGAAAUAUUGUGGCAAGGAAGUACUUCAAACAACAACCAGAGACAAAUAUGCUGACCUGGGCUGCAAAGGAACAAAUUCGUUAUCUUAAUCAGUUAAAUCCUAAGCAGUGGACACCUAUGAAGCUAGCAGAGAGUUUUCCCACUUCAGUUGAUGGAAUUAAGAAAAUUUUAAAGAGCAAGUUUACUUCAGCAAAGGAAGAUAGGAUCAGGAAACAUGAUGAAGGUGUUCUACGUAACUGGAAGACAUUAACUGGUGAGCAAAAAGGUAUAAUUUCACCCAUAACAAAGCAACUCUGGUCAGAAGGAAAGCUAUUACCUGAACAUGCAGGUUGUAAUACAAGUCUCCCAAUGCCCAAAUCUUCAGAAGUAAUGCUUUCAAGAGUUCCCACCAAUAAGAACAUUAAGAGAACCACAUUUUUGUCAAUUGUAAAACCUUAUAUUGAUAUUAAAAAACAAGAAACUUCUCCUCUUAAUCACUCAGAAGAAUUUCAUAAAGAACAAAGCAGAAAUGUCGAGAGACCAUCAAUACAAGUGAAAAUUGGUUCCAGGUCAUCACCGACAGAAGAAUCUACUGAGGACCUCCUCACAGCUACUUCCUUCAGUAAGCAAGACAAGCAUUAUCCUGAUACACUAGUAACCCAAAGCCAGUUCCAACUGAAUCUAAUGAAUGAGAUUAAUAAUAAGAAGUACAAAACUGAAAGUGAUGAGGCUUACCAAAAGUGGAUAAAAAGUAAAUUGGUGGAAAGACCAAAAACACCCAGUCCUCUAGAAACUAAUCAAGGAGAGAUUGAACCAAAACCUGCAGUGGUAUCUAAAUUUAACAAAAGUGAAACCAUCGAGUUGAAGGCGGACAUAUCAGAAAAAGAUAACAUCUCACAGUUGUACAUUUAUGAUAGUCAGCAUGGAUAUCAACAUCCCUUUGGCAGGCAUGAUAGAAUACAAAGAAAGAUUCAUAUACCUCAUCAUUUGAGAAAAGAAGGAGUUCUUUAUAAAGUCGAUGACUGUUUCUAUGAUGAGGAUGGUGAGUUUCUUUACAGGGUGCCAAUGUAGACAUUCUAUUUCUUGCCAAUUUUGUACAUGUAAAUUAAGUUUAAAAAGCAUUAUGAAAUAAAUAAAGUAACAUUGCUAUUUAAA